ACAUAUUUGUCUUCCAAAAAAAAAAGGAGUCUCUCUGCCACAAAAUAAAUAAAUAAAUGAAAGUCUCUCUUCAUCUUUCUUUAUUUGUUUUUGUUCUCUAUCUAUUCCAAAAUCUGUGUAUCGAAUCGCAUAUAAGAAUCAGAAUAAUUCUCUUAGCAUCUAUUGUUGUUUCUCUCUCUCGGCAUGGUUUAUUCUUGUAGCUUAUUAUUUGAGUAGAGAUUAGUACAUCCGUCUCUUCUUCCCCUUCUUGGUAUAUUGUACAUAUAUCAUGACUUCGGUCAUCAAAAUGGACGGCGAUGAUCAACUCCCAAGUGCUCCUCAUCAUUUAUCUCUCCAAGAUCAGGGGGAAAUGUCGAAUAAGGCAGAGAUUCAAGAAAAUGGGUUUGGGAAUCAUGGUGGGGUUUGUGCGAUAUGCUUGGAUAAGAUAGUGCUUCAGGAAAUUGCUCUGGUAAAAGGUUGCGAGCACGCAUACUGUGUAACUUGCAUCCUUCGAUGGGCUACAUAUGGUAAAAAUCCAAGCUGUCCUCAGUGUAAGCAUCCGUUUGAGUUCCUCAAUGUUCAUCGUUCCCUUGAUGGCAGCAUCCAUGAUUACAUGUUUGAGGAAAGUGUCUGCCUCCUUCUGAGGGCCACUUGGUUUACACCUUUGACCGUGGUGGGUCGUGAAGUUACAUAUGAUGACCCUGAAGAUUAUUAUCCAUUCGAGGAAGAAGAUUGUGAUGAUGAUCUAGAUGAAGUUUACUUUAACAGUUCAUCAAGCAUUCGCAUUGGUAACCGUAGAUGGGGAGACAACGGAUUUGUUAGGGGUGGUCGCCAAGAAGCCAGGCCAGUUCAUCGGUCAAAUUUUGAGGACCCUGGUGCUGGUACAUCUCGUCAGCCUAGACAAAAAGAGGCUGCAAAAGAUAAAACUGGCAGGCGAGCUAAGAGAGCACUGAAGCGUGAAGCUGCUGAUAAGGCAGCUGCUGCGAAACAUGAGCAGCAUUUGGCUAGGUUGGGUAGGAAAUAGUUUCGUUCCUAUUUUCUGUAAUUACAUCAUUUGCCUGAUCCCGAUUUGAACCCCUCAUGUACAGUAUUUCCUUUGUUUUUUCAACAUUCCAAAAAGAAAAAAAGAAAGAAAAAGAACGUUAGAAUUAACUCUUGUGAAAUAAUAACGGGUUUUAGGGACUAGUGGAUAUCAAAACGGUGAAACUACUGGUUUUUUCUUUGUUGUAUGAUGAAAAUUCAAUUUUAAAUUUUAUUCAACUUCUACUGUG